CCAUCCAUCCAUCCAUCUAUAUCCAGAUGUGCGCGUGCGCGUGUCUGCGCGUGAGGAGGUAGGGGAGGCGCGGAGUGAGGGCGGAAGUGGCGCUCGUGCACGUUACAAUCUCCAGUGCUGUAGCUCGAGUGUAAACAGCAGCUGCAGCAGGGGACGGAGGACGGCGGCUCGGUGUGCUGCAGCGCUCUCAACCCGCUCUCACCCUGUUCUCACCCCGCUCUCAACGGCUUCACGGUAGACUUAAUGACUUACAGCUCGUCAGGAGAACCGCUGGACACGAGGACCUUCAACAGCCCUGGUACUUUGUCUGUGAGCUGAACACUUUGUCGGACUCUUCGGGUGUUCCUCUCAGUUCUACAGGGAAAAAGUGUCAUUUCCAGCUUCCUCACUUUCGCCUCCAUGAGCGGUGUAUCCCGGUGUUUUCUCCUCAGACAGAAGAGCUGAUUGUACACGGUGAUUUUCCGGGGACGUUUUACUCCCCGAAGGUGGACAUUCCGUGUGAGGACGUCCCCCGUUCACUCAGGAUGAUUCGGCGCGGUCUGACCCGGCUAGCUGUCCUGGAAUAGCUAGACGAAGCUAGCUGAGGUAAAUCCCGAGUCAUUUGAUUUCAACGUCCAGCGGUUGCCGCGACAAAUCGAGAUUACGAACGGUUCGUCUCGCGCCAAUGGCGGAGAGCGGCGUGCUGAAGCAGGUCAAGCCUGGAGAAAGCGCCGGCGACGGAAGGACGAAGGACGGGCGGGAGAGCCCCGGUUCCGUAAGGAUGAAGCCUCAGCCUCACCAGUCGCCUUCCAGCCGCUCCGCCAAGUAUCACGCGCUCGCCGGCGGCCACUCGUUCCGCAGAGUGACUCUGACCAAGCCGACUUUCUGCCAUCACUGCAGCGACUUCAUCUGGGGGCUCGUGGGCUACGUCUGUGACGUGUGUAACUUCAUGUCCCACGAGAAGUGUUUGAAGCACGUGCGGACCGUGUGCUCCUGCAUGGCGCCCACGCUGGUGCGGGUUCCUGUUGCUCACUGCUUCGGUCCAGCCGGUCAGAAGAAGCGUUUCUGCUGCGUGUGUCGCAAGAACCUUGAGGGAACUUUGGCCCUGCGCUGUGAAGUGUGUGAGCUGCACGUUCAUAACGACUGCGCCCCGUUUGUCUGUAGUGACUGUCGUCUGUGUCAUCAAGAUGGAGGCCUGGACUACGACACGUUACCUCACCACUGGCGGGAGGGAAACAUGGCAUCAGGGGCACGCUGCGAGGUGUGCCGGCGUGUCUGCGGGUCCUCUGAUGUUCUCGCCGGGAAGAGGUGCGAGUGGUGCGGUGUGACGGCUCACGCAUCUUGUUAUAUAACAAUCCCUACUGAAUGCGGUCUGGGUCGUCUGCGCAACAUGAUCCUGCACCCCAGCUGUGUACGCGUCUGCUCGCGCAACUUCAGCAAGAUGCACUGCUAUCGCAUCUCGGAGCUCCCGCAGCAGUGCGAACUGGAUAAUCUAGAUGACUCCGAUGCACAGAACCCAGCAGCACUAAAGGACAAUCAGUCUUCUGGGUCAUCGGAUACUGGUAAGCAAACUCUGAGAGUAUUCGACGGCGAUGACGGCAUGAAACGUAAUCAAUUCCGGCUGGUCUCCAUUCCUAGAAGCACAAAGAACGAGGAAGUAGUGGAAGCGGCGCUGAAAGCGUUCUACAUCCCGGAUGAUGUGCAGGACUACGAGCUCCAAAGUUACACCCACCCUGACCUGCUAAUCGAUGACAUCAUCAACCGCAAUGGCAUGCCUGACAACAAGGUGGUCUUCAAGGACUGCCAGCCGGAGGUGUGGCUUAUUCGGGCCAAGCCCAAAGAAACAGAAGUGCUCAAGAUCUACACUGACUGGCAGAAGGUUGAUGUUGCCAAUAUAAGUAUCACGGUUGGGAAGAGCAGAACGGUAGAUUCUGUUAUUAAGGAAGUGCUCGUCCAGCUCAGAAAACAGAGUGAAAACCCUGCCGAUUUUAACCUGGUGGAGGUUUUCAUGGGCGGCAAACAAGUACAGAAGCAAGUUCUUGGUGGUCAGGAUCUGUUAAUGGACAAGCUGCAGGAGAUCAGGAAGACGUCACUGAGGCAGAUGAACCAGACACGCUUUUACAUUGUGGAGAGCAGGAACCGGGUGGUCCAGGUGGACUUGCUGGUCGGAGGACUUCCUCUGCAGCUCAGCACCGAGGAGUACACGGAGCUGCUUCAGGAACACCUUGCUGUCAAGAGUCACUUGGUCACAGUCACUCACAUCUACCAAGCUGAAGGAGCGGUUGCUUUGCAGAUCACAUGUUUCUCCGAAGCCGAACGCAUUUACAUGCUGGCUAAAGACACCAGCAUCUGCGGCAAGCAGCUCACCUGUCUCGUCAUACCUGAGAUCCUGAAAAACAAGCUCGCCAAAGGUUCUUGCCCUUUGCUUUUGUUUGUUAACCCUAAAAGUGGAGGCCUGAAAGGUAGAGAGAUCCUUUAUGGCUUCCGGAAACUUCUCAACCCUCAUCAGGUGUUUGAGCUGACCAGUGGAGGGCCACUGCCUGGGUUGCACACGUUUCGUGAGGUUCCCCAUUUCCGCAUGCUAGUGUGUGGAGGAGACGGGACAGUGGGAUGGGUGCUUGGUGUGCUGGAGAGCAUCAGGCACAAACUAGCCUGUUCUGAGCCUGCCAUUAGCAUCGUUCCUCUGGGCACAGGUAAUGACCUGGCACGUGUCCUGCGAUGGGGGUCGGGUUACAGUGGCGAGGAUCCCUACAACAUCCUAGUCUCAGUGGACGAGGCAGAAGAGGUGAAGAUGGACCGCUGGACCAUUCUGUUUGAUGCUCAGGAAAUAACUGAGGACGGAAAGCAGAAUGGCUUCCUGGAGCCUCCUAAGAUAGUCCAGAUGAAUAAUUAUUUCGGCCUUGGGAUCGAUGCAGAACUCAGUUUGGACUUCCAUCACGCUCGGGAAGAAGAGCCGGGAAAAUUCAACAGCAGGUUUCAUAAUAAAGGCGUGUACGUGAAAGUCGGCCUGCAGAAACUGAGCCACACACGAAACCUUCACAAUGACCUGCAGCUGCAGGUGGACAAGCAGAACAUAGAGCUGCCGAAUAUAGAAGGCCUGAUCUUCCUCAACAUCCCCAGCUGGGGCUCUGGUGCUGAUCUCUGGGGUUCGGACAAUGAUACACGCUAUGACAAACCCAGGAUAGAUGAUAGCAUGCUGGAGGUAGUGGGAGUAACCGGGGUGGUCCAUAUGGGUCAGGUCCAAAGCGGGCUACGCUCAGGGAUCCGGAUUGCUCAGGGCAGCUAUAUCCGUAUCACUGUGACGAAGCCCAUCCCAGUGCAGGUGGACGGUGAGCCAUGGAUCCAGUCUCCUGGGCAGAUCAUCAUCUCAGCAGCAGGACCCAAGGUGCACAUGCUGAGGAAAUCAAAGACCACAAAGAAGCAAGCUGGCAGUCUGAAGGAGGGAAGAGCAGAGAGCUCAGCGUCAGGAGAGGGGGCAAUCUGACAGAAAAGCCCACCCCACACACACACACACACACACACACACACACACACACUUUAUUCAGAAUUCUUCACAAUGGCGUGCAUUCAGUAACAUGUUUGUCUUCACCGCUUUAGUGGGGUAACAUUUGUAAUUCACUGGAUUAGAGAAGACAAAAGAAAUGUAAAUUUCCUUACCAUAAAAUGGACUCUUAGGUUUGAGAGGGUGUAGUGGCCACAAAUAGAAAAAGUAAUUCAACCACUAAAACAGAGUAGUUGCUUAAAAUUGUCGUCGUAAUUGCUUCCAAGUAAAAUCAUAUCUAUUUAGAGUUUGCUAUUGUGACUGAAAGUGGUUUUGGGGAACUGAAAGAGGAUAUAAACUUUAAAACUGAAUCCGUAUACUGUACGGUUUUGCCCUGUAUCCGCCAUUAUUUUUUCAUCUAUAUAUAUUUUUACACAGUGUUUAGAGAAACCCUUUGAUGCGAGUAUGAUUCUGCCAUGAAUCCUCGCAGGACGUUAAAAAAAUGAAGUGGAUUUAUUAUUUAUUAUUGGCUAAUUAUUUUUAAAUUAUUAUAAAUAAUUAGAUUGGACUCCAUUCCGAAGUCAAAUAGGAGGUUGGUGCUGUUUCUGGGUGAGAAAACUAAAUCUGUCGAUUCUGUUUCUCAAGUAGAAAAACUCAUGUUUAAGGUUAUAUAAUUGGCAGAGAAAAAACAUGUCUGAAUUUAGAACAGGAUACGCAUUUAAAGACUGAAUGAAAAUGGAUGAAAAUGAAAGAUGAAAUAGAUCUAGGCUUUACGUAAUGAACUUUUCUUUAAUCAGGAGUCACAUUUGUGAGAAAAGGUGGAACGCGGUUGCCAAAAACUGCCAAAAACCUCUUUAUAAGAGCGAAAACGACCGCCUAUAAUCAACGCUGCUUCAAUAUUACUGCCAUGAAUUUUAUGUGCCGUAGCAAGUGUCAAUCACAGAAACAUCUCCGCAAGUCAGACAAUCGUUGUACACUCGUGUUAGGAAAGUGUUUCUGCUGACCAAUCACGAAACACUUUACAUUCCAGUAAUGAUGCAUUCGUGCCGUAUUCUUUUUCUCUUUUUUUUUUUAUUUUCAAAUCCCAUCAUUUCCUGAGCAUGAUUUUAUUUUAUUUUAUUCCAAUAUAUGUGCUAUAAUUAGACAAUUUUUUACAGCUGAUCUAAUUUCCUUCUCGUUGACUGAAUCUGUUUGACGCUGACCUGAAGUCAGACGUGUAUUUACUUUUGUAACAAGCACCAGCUGAUUCGAUCUAGUCCAGAAAAACGAAUGCUCGAAUGUACACAAAGGUUGCUGAUUGGCCGCUCUUAGUCAUGUGGUCGUGUCGAGUCAAGUGAAGCCUUUAAGUAAGAACCCGUCACGUUGUCGUACGAGCAUGAAUAGUUUGUGAGUGUGUGUGUAUAGAUGAACUCUUGUACUAGAGUCGCUUCUACAGGUUAUAAUAUUCUAGACAAAUGUUUGCAAAAUUGUAAACGUGCCCUACUGUAAAGUUGUACAGUAAAUAUCUAGGUGUAAGCACAAUGCUUUACUAUAUAGUAAUAUACUGGAUAUAUUCAGUGUAUAUACGGUAUGUUUUAUAUAUUGAAUAUAUUCAUUUAAACUCACAGAAUAGUUGUACUGUAUUACAUGUACUUCUUGAUGUACAGUGACUGGUCAGUCCUGUUCCAGUAUAGAAAAUUCUGUCUAUAAUAAACUAUCAGUGUAGCAGUGUACAUACAUACAGGAACAAGCGGACUACCACUCCCGCUUCUGUAAACCAGUGCUUGCUCUACAUCUACCUCUGUGCUUUCUCUGCUUCUGGUUCUGCCACUACUGCCUGUGCCACUUCUUUUUUUUCUUCAUUGGUUUGUUUUAGUGGGAUUGGGAAUUUUCUGAAUGCCAAAGGACUGAUCAGUACUGACUGUUGAUAGAUUAAAGCCUUACACAGAUUAUCAUUAUCCAGAAGCUUCUUUUCAUUAUCAGAAGCUUUCAUACCUUUUCGGAGGAACAUCCAUUUCUUAACCUUUUUCUUUUUCUCUUUCCCUGUCUUAUCCCCCACUACGAUUCAAUAUCGGAGCUCUAAAUAUCAGUCGGUGCUUUAGUAAUAUACUUAAUAGUGAAAAAUCGUGGCGUAAAAAAAGGUCGUCAAUACACACUUGAAAUAUGAAUCACAAAAAUAUAGUUUUUUGAAAAAAUCGUGAAAUGUUUUCAAAACACCAAAUUGCACUAUAUAUAUAAAUAUUCUCGAAGCAUGAUUAUGGUCCAAACUGAAAAUUUACACCUCGAAAAAAAAAUGACUCUUAUACACGACUGGUUAAAUUCUAAAACAAUACUGAUAUAUAGGUUAUGAAAUUGUGUCUGUAUAUAAUCACAAUGUGAGAUUGAGAUUUUCAUUUAGUUUUCACUAUAAAUAUCACUGUACUUGAAAUCUCCCAAAUUCAUAAAAUUGAAUGUAUCUGUUUACAAUACAAUCUGUGAAUUGAUUGAAAUAUAUAUAUAUAUAUAUAUAUAUAUAUAUCUGCCAUUUCAUAAAAAAAAAACCUUUUCGAUUCUCCAAAUCAGAUCCCUACUUACAAUCAGCAUUACAUGUUGUCAGUGUUAGAAGACAAAAGCACCAGUCCUGUACAGUAUCGUGGUGGUCGGUUGUCUGCUGAUAGACGCUUUGUUGCGCUGUGUGCGUGCUGCUCCUCCUGUAAAUCCACAGUGCUUUUGGUAAAUGAAUCUUCAAACUCACGGUGUUUAUUGUAGUAAUGUUCUGAAUAGUCCUAUUUAAUUCUUGUUAAUUAUUGAAUUAUAAUUCCAGAUAGUGCCUCAUCUAAGUGCUUAGGAACGCUGCAGUAUUGAUGUGUGUAUGUGCAGUCCUUUAGCCUGUUAUACACUGAUGUUGGUGUUACAUAUACGAUUUUCAACAUUUCUGAUGUACAAACAAACUUGAUGAGAAGAAAGGUUUAUGUGGAUCAGCGUUAUAGCCAUGACCUUUAUGACCUUUAUAAAAAAAAAUACCUAUUGUCAGGCUUAAACAGAUAUAAAGUUCAUAUAAGAUAAAAGCUGUAAAGUUGGGCAAUGCUGUGUUCCAAGCAUUAAAAUAUUUAAUUUGCAUGAUGUGUCACUCAUAUAAGUUAUACGGCUAUAAAGUUUGAUACCAGAAAUGCUCCUGUAAAAAAAAUCUGAUUUGGAGGAAGAAAAAAAAAAAAGGUUCUUUACAGUACCUGCAGAGCUGGACAAAGAUCUGAAAAAGGCCAAAUGUUUUAAUAUAAUGAAAAGAAAGUGUGUUAUGCUCUUCAAGCUGCUCUGCUGCUUCAGUGGAUGUUGGAUGUAGUCGGAGAAGUGUUCUGUUUUAGUUUUUUAUUUGUAUUUUUAGAGCUUACAUGCCUCCACAUGACUCCAGUCGUUCAGUUACGUCCCCAUGGCAUCUCAUGUGAACAUACACUUUUAGACUGAUAUAAAAAUGCAAGGUUUAUGUUUUUAGUAUAAAGUAGAUGUAUAUUUUUUUGGAAGAGAAAUGUUCAUUUUAACUGCCGGGAUUAUUGCACUGACCAUGUUGUUGUACAAAAUUCUGUGUCAAAUGAAUGUUAAAUAAUAUUAAAUGUAUAGAUAGAUACAUCGCAUGUGUAACAAGAAUACAUGAAGAAAAUAUAAAUUUGGACUUUUUUGUUA